UCCCCCUCCUCUCAUCCGCCGCAGUCACAAAACUCGUCCACCUUAUUCCCUCACCUCUAGACGACACUCAUUGGAAUGUCACAAUAAACGGAAAGCACCCAGCCACACGCUCGGACCCUUGUCGACCAUUUCUCAAGCUUUCAUUGUCUCUGUGUUCUCGUGCUAUAGAGUGUCAUUUAGAAACUGAUCGUCAUGAGCGACCAAACAUCCAAUGACGGCUCCUUGGCCGAAGUUCUUAGCUCCUUGAAAUCCAUCCAGCAGAUACAGUCUGACCUGGUGGCUGCUGUCGAUUCGUUAAACCAACGAUACCAACAGCUGACCGGUGAUGCCGAUGUCGCUGCACUCGGCCCGAGUCCAUCCCUUGGCGAGGCCCCCGAGAUACCCCACACUCCCGGCCGCCCCGAGACUGGUGCUGUUGGUGACUUGGCUCAAAGCUCCUCAUCCGACUUGAAGUUGCAGGCUCCAGCUGUGCCUUCCUCGCCCAGCCAGCGAUCAGGCCUCACCUCCCGAAUCAUUUUAACGACAUAUCCAAAGCAGAUUGGUAUCAACCCGCUUCCCAUGAAAUGGGGCGAGGCAGAUCCCCACGCCCGUGGACCAGUUGUCGUCUCCCGGUCCUCGACUACGAUUGGAAAACCUGUUGGAGCCCACGGCGGCUCUUAUUCCAUCUAUUAUGCGCUUGCCGUUGCUAGCAAGCAGCUCAAUCUGGAGCAUAGACCCGACUUUACCAAUACGGAGCCUGCCGCCAAGAUUGGCCCGUUUCCCCAAUGGGGAGACCCAAAGAAGAUUGUCGCCAUGGAUCCUUGGGGUCAUCUAGCCCCGUGGCUAUUCAAGGACAUAAUUGAGAAGCAGAAUGUCGACAUUCGCCCAACGAUAGCCAUCACAAAGGCACACAUGAAGCUUCCUGAGCUAGAAGAAAGUGUAAAGAACGGCCGAUUAAUUCCCGAUGGUAAAGUCUGCCUUAACAACCUCGGAGAGCUUGCUGUGACCAAAUUCGCCGUUGAACCAGUCUGGUACCUCCCUGGUGUGGCCGAGAGAUUUGGAAUCGACGAGGGUGCUCUAAGGCGAUCUCUCUUUGAACACACCGGUGGCAGCUACCCCGAACUUAUUACCCGCAACGACAUCAAGGUGUUUUUGCCUCCGAUCGGGGGGCUUACUGUUUACUGCUUCGGCGACCCGGCCAAGAUGUCUGAUGAGUCGGUGCGGCUGGCGCUGCGCAUCCACGACGAGUGCAAUGGCAGCGAUGUCUUUGGUUCCGACAUCUGCACUUGCCGUCCAUAUCUCAUCUUCGGCAUUGAAGAGGCAGUCAAGGAGGCCCAGAACGGCGGCAGUGGCGUUGUCAUUUAUUUUCGAAAGGAGGGCAGAGCCCUCGGUGAGGUCACCAAGUACCUCGUGUACAAUGCUCGCAAGCGGGGUGAAGACCGAGCAUCCGAUUACUUCAAAAGGACAGAAAACAUUGCGGGGGUGAAGGACAUGCGGUUCCAGGCGCUGAUGCCUGAUAUCCUCCACUGGCUUGGUAUCCGUAAAAUCGACAGAAUGCUCAGCAUGAGCAACAUGAAACACGAUGCCAUUGUAGGACAAGGAAUUCCGAUACAUGAGCGUGUCGAGCUGCCCGAAGAUUUGAUCCCAGCGGACUCUCGAGUCGAGAUAGAUGCAAAAAUCACUGCAGGGUACUUCACUGCCGGCAAGCGCAUGACAGAAGAAGAGUUGAGAGCUGUUCAAGGCAGAAUGUGGGAAGAUCUUGACCAUUAGAAAUUGCCGGGCGAGCCCUGGGGUGACAAUGCUUCUUGCAACCGAUGACGGAAACGCCCCCUCCAAAUGAGACAUAUGCGUCAUUGUCGAUCCCCGGAUAGUUGGGCAGACAAAGCAGAGUGUGUGCAUUCGCCCUGUGUCGUAUUGAUGAUUGGUGGGACGAAGCACGAGAAGAAUGACCUUGGAACGCGAACCCGCUGGCCAAGCCAGAAACAUUGCAGCCCAGAGGCAUAUCGGCAAGCAGAUUACCCAGCGUAGAA